AUGUCUGGUACCUCAAAUGUAAUCGCUGCUGCUAUUGAUAACAAGAUGCCCGAUUUGAAAGCAAUCAAUGCUAUCAUUUCCGAACUGACGGGAGUUUUUUAUAUGCACGGUUUCCACAAUUACAAAAGUAAGCGGUUGCAUGCUGAAGCCAAAUCCCACGAUUUUGUUCGGAUUGGAUUUUUUUAUCUUUUGAUCGGUCCCGAUUAUAGAUUCCAUGAUUACGAAGGUUAUCCACUUUUAGAUGUAGUCUUUGCAGUCAGAAUUUUUAAAUCAUUAGGUUGUGAAGCAGUAAUUGUAACCAAUGCUGCAGGAGCAGUGAAUCCGAAUUUAAAAGUUGGACAAAUCAUUGCACUUGAUGAUCAUCUCGCAUUACCAUUGAAAUCAGUGUUUGGAUCGUUACCCGAAAUCGGAUUAGAAAAAGGUGAUGUGAUAGAAGGAAUUUAUGCUUGGGAAAUUAUCACACUAUGA